AUGUUGAAAAAUGAGCAACAACCCUACUACAACUUAACGGUGAAAGUUCUCCAGGGAAGGAAUAUUGUGAUGGAAGAUUUCAUGAGUGCAAAAGACUGUUACGUCUCCUUGCACCUCCCCACCGCAUCUGUAGUCGACUACAGGACAAAAAGCAUCAACGAUCUGCAGUGGAAUGAAACCUUCAAUUACAAGAUCCAGGGCAUUAUAAAGAAUGUAUUGGAGCUCUCCAUCUACACUGAAAACGUCAAGAUGACAAAACAUCUGUCGUCAGUAGCUUUUGACAUUGGGAAAAUUGAACUUAACCACAGUAUGAACACCACCAUAGACCUGAAGGAUGACCAACAACUGCAAGUGGAGUUUCGCUUAGAAAAAUCUGACGAUCCUCCAAACGAGAUCAUCACCAACGGUGUGAUUGUGGCACAGCCCUGUACUUGUGUGCAGACUAACGUGAGGAAUGCCAACAAUGUCCACGUGGCAGGCACAGGUGUUAAUAUUCAGUAUAAUGUGUUAAUGAAUGUGGAUGGAUCCGUUGAGCAGGAGCAAGUCACCACUCGCAAACCGCUCGCAAAUCCAGUGUGGAACGAAAGGUGUUCCUUCCACAUCAACAGCAACUUGGACCCGCAAUUGAAGAUCGACCUCAUUCAGAGCAGUACUGAAUUGCAGGAGGACAUGAGUGUUGAAAUGUCGAAGGAGACCUAUGUGGUGGGCUCGGGCUCCGUGCCACUGCGGCAGCUUCCUCUGGGGAAGAACAGGGGUGUUUCUUUACCCCUGGGACAGGAGCAGACCGUUGACCUGCAGCUGAAGGCCCAGAAAUGCUUUGAAGAUCUCGAUGUACGCCUCAGCUUUGAUAUUGCUGAGCCCGAAAAGGAGUUCCUUGCAAAGAGAAAGAAGUUGGUGGCGAGGGCACUGGCGAAGGUGCUCAAGUUGACAAAGAUACCCAAGAGCAGUCAGGCACCCAUCAUUGCGAUCCUUGGCUCGGGCGGUGGGAUGAGAGCGAUGACCUCCCUCUAUGGGAUCCUGCUGGGACUGCAGGAACUGCAGCUGUUGAAUUGUAUCACCUACAUCUUCGGAGUGUCGGGCUCUGCCUGGUGCAUAUCUCAUCUGUACCAGGAUUCCGAAUGGUCUCUCAAGGACAUCAGAGAGGCAAUUAAGAGAAUCAAGCCACACGUAACCAGGAGUAAGAGUUUUGCUCUGUCCAAGGAUCGGGUAGGGUACUACAUUAAUGCCCUGGCGGAGAGGAAUCGCUCAGGCUAUAGUGUGUCCAUUCCAGACCUGUGGGGACUCAUCAUCGAGUCAUUUAUAUACGGGAAGGAGAAUAAGACUAAGCUGUCAGACCAACAGAGAGCAGUGAGAAGGGGCCAGAACCCAUAUCCUGUCUACGCCAGUCUAAAUGUGAAGAGCAAUGUCAGCGCCAAAGAUUUUGGAGAAUGGUUUGAGUACACUCCUUACGAAGUGGGAAUUCCCAGAUAUGGAGCUUAUAUUCCAGUCCAGCAUUUUGGCAGCAAGUUCUUCAUGGGAUACCUAAUAAAGAAGUUUCCUGAAACAAGAAUCAGCUUCUUGAACGGCCAGUGGGGAAGUGCUUUUGCAGCAAAUCUGGAUGAGGUCCUGAGGGAGCUGAUCGGGCCUACCAACACCUGGAUGCGGAGCCUGCGCGAUGCUAUCAGCGGAAGAGAGAUACCCAGCGAUUCGCCUGAAAUCCACAUGCAGAUGACCAUUCCACAGGGCAUGUUGGACGCUCUGAUGAAGAACCUAUUUGUAUCACGCUUGACAACAUCAGAAACCAACAACUUCAUGAAGGGGCUCUUCCUGCACCAAAAGUAUGACGAGAAUGACAAUUUCAAAUGCCGGGAAGUUCAAAGCCGCACCAUAUCUCCCAAUCAGCUAACCCCAAUGGAAAAUCUGCUGCACCUGGUCGACGCUGGAUUUUCAAACAAUUCGGCGUUUCCUCUUGCCCUGCAGUCACAGAGGCACAUUGAUGUCAUCCUGUCUUUUAGUUUUAGCCGCGGAUCGCCAUUCAAGGUUUUGAAGAAGACUGAGCAAUACUGCAUGGAAAACAAUAUCCCUUUCCCAAAGAUUGAUGUUACAGACUUACUUGAAAGAAGCCUGCAGGAAUGCUACAUCUUCAAGGAUGAAAACAAUCCCAAAGUUCCAAUUGUGAUUCACUUCCCUCUCACAAAUGCCACAUUCCGAAACUACGUAUCCCCAGGGACAGAACGGCUGUCGAAUGAGGAGAAAGAUUAUGGCAGUUUUGUCCUGGAGGCUGAGAAUUCUCCAUACAAUACUCUGAACUUUACAUACACUGCUACUGAUUUUGACCGGCUGAUUGAUCUGUGUGGCUACAAUGUGAUGAACAAUAAGAACCUGAUUCUGAUGGUCUUCAAGGAAGCAUUGGCGAAGAGGUACUAAUCCUGGCCGACUGAAUACUGAAGUUGGUACUGAGCAAUGAAUCGCUACUCUCCAUUUGUGUGUGCCUUCAAGGUGAAUCAGAGGUCUGUCUUUGUGCACUGGGUUACAGGGCACUGCUCUCAAGCCUUGCUCCUCCUUGCAGAGUCCUUCUCCAGUAUUCUGAUUCACCCUUUCGAUCAAUUCGCAAUUUGAUCAAUCCUAAUUGGGAAGUCACCUCCCCAACAAUGCAGCAAGUGCCUGAAAUGGACUCCUUGCUCCACAGUUCUUGAACUCUAUUUCAUUACAGCUCAAGUAUACGUGACAAGCAGUGUUGUUAUAUCUUGUACAAACAAUAAAGAUAACUGUAGCUAUCCACACAUGCCCCAUUCACAGCCAACAUUUGCCAUCUACAAAUCUACAGUGGGAAGGUUUUCUUUUUGGCUUUGUUAUCUUUGCCCACUUUGAAAUACUCCUUCAAGUCAAGCCGUCAGCUGCAAAGAGGUGUUGGUUAUAAAUGCCGGCAGAUCCAACAAAGUUUUGCUGUACUGUACAAUGAACUGUAAAUGUUAUUAAUGGAAGUCAGUACAGUUGAGUGCUAACUUCUGCUUUAAUGGAGUGAUUUGGAUAUAACUAGCAGAUUUGUUUCUUUAACUGACAUGGGUCGUGUACAAGCUGAGUGUGAUAACUGCCGUUAUAGAUUGGGCUGCUGUCGUGGUAGCCCCCCCGGGAGCAGAUGUCCACACAGAUGAAUUUGGUUAAGAAUGUUGCCUUUAGAUUUUUAAUAAGGAUUUUAUAACCUGCCAAAAAGCAAUAAAACUGUUGUGUACUAUCAA